AUGGCGAAUAUCCAGGAUCCCUCAAGCUAUCUUGCCAAUGCGCGCAUCACACCAGAGAUAUUCCAGCUUCGACCAGACUACCGCGCCCUGCUGAUGGUAGUUACCAACAUCCCACCAGGCCCUUGCGACGCGACCAGCGAAGCCUUUCUAUCUUCUGCUGAAGCAGCAGCUAAAGCAGCUCUUGCGAAAACUCCAGUCAAUGAUGUUGCUCAUGUCGCGCAAUGGAAAGAAGCCUACAAGGCCUUCGGCGCAAAGCCCAAGAAGACUAUGAACAGCCUCGAAGCGCUAUUGCGUCGCGUUGACGCAGGCCUACCACGUGUUAAUCGACUGACGGAUAUAUAUAACGCCAUCUCAAUAAAACAUCAGAUUCCUUUGGGAGGCGAGGAUCUGGAUAAGUACCAAGGAAGCCCGUUCCUGAUACGCGCAAAGGGCGAUGAGAACUUUGACACCAAAUCUGGCGGCGAAAUCGUCAUUGAGCACCCAAGUCCCGGAGAAGCAGUAUGGUGUGACGAUGGCGGCGUGACCUGCAGGCGUUGGAACUGGAGACAAUGCUCGAGGACUGCGUUGAGCGACGGGACAUCAAACGUGCUGUUCAUUUUGGAUGCAUUGGAAGCUCUUGAUGAUGAGAAGCUAAAUGCAGCGGCAGACGAGCUGAGUGAGGAGCUGCAAAAGCUAUCUGCAGAUGUGAAAGUCGAGCGCCGAUUAGUAACAUCGUCGUAG